GUUUUGCCAUAUUUUAGUCAAUGCCGCGCAGUACUUGGCUUUAAUCAUUUCAAGUGUGUCACUAUCAAAUCGACAAAAAUAACCCAAAUUCAUGCAAUGUGAUUGAUUCAUUUUUAUUCGUAGAAAAAUUUACUUCUGUAACGUCUAAAUCGGGUAACACGUAUUUCAAUAUGGUAUUGCUAUGUGUGUGCUCAUCAAUAUGAUGGCAUACACACACACACAAUUCACUUACAUACAGAAAAUUUGACAUAAUCACGCAGUUGUCAAAAUUUUAUUUUCCCAUUCAAUUCGGAGAGGCAUACGAGUAAGAGAACAAAUUUUUAACUUCGCAAAUUGCAUUCGAGUUGACGUAUCUACCUAUCUAAUAUAUUUUUGGCCUGCGACGAAAUUUUUGUCAAAUCACUUUUACGCAGCAAUACAAUUUUUUUUUCGUUCUCAGUUGGGUCUCACGUGUGUGCAUUAUCAAUUUGGUGUUUGAUAAAAUUGGACUCUUUCUCUCUAUCCGGUUGAAUGCACAAGGAAAAUUGAUCGUUUCACAUUUUAUUGGUUCGCACAAUUUGUUAUUUUUUUUUGUUCGUUCGGUCGUUGCUGCUGUUGAGUGAGAGAAGUGUAUGUGUGUAUAUUUGAACAGCACGCAACUGGUAUAUUUCAAAUUUGCGAGUAGAAUAGAGAGGAAAUAGAAGACCCUAUAAAUUUUCUUUGGUAAUUUUGGACGGAUUUGUUAAUAAGAAACUGAAUAGAAGAAGGCAUUCAACGUACAAUCAGUUCGAACAAAAUGCCAGUCAAAUGUGAAGUGAUUCCACCACCAUCGCAGAGCAAACAAUUAGGAUUUCCAAAAACACUUUUAUAUAAUGGUUCGAAAUUUGAAGGUUCACAAAAAUCGAAAGGCAAUUCAUAUGCCGUCGAAGUUGUUUUACAGCACGUUGACGAAGAAAAUUCAUACUUGUGUGGCUAUUUGAAGAUUACGGGACUCACAUUUGAGUAUCCCAUGCUGACGACUUUCUUUGACGGUGAAAUUAUCUCAAAGAAAUACCCAUUUUUAACAAGGAAAUGGGAUGCUGACGAAGAUGUUGACAGAAAACACUGGAGCAAAUUCUCUGCAUUUAAGAACAAAUACGAGAAGACAUUCAACUCGGAUAAUUUUGACUAUGACAGUUUGGCGAAGAGCGAUUAUGUAUUUAUGCGAUGGAAAGAGCACUUCUUGGUACCUGAUCACACGAUCAAAGAUAUAAAUGGCGCAUCGUUUGCUGGUUUCUACUACAUCUGCUUUCAAAAAUCAAAAGCCGAAAUGGAAGGCUAUUAUUAUCACAGAUCAUCUGAAUGGUUUCAGUCACUAACUCUAAAACAUGUACCGGAGAGUUGCAUCCAAAUCUACGAAUUCAGAUGAACUGUGUGCGGGCACGCGCUGUAUUUAACUUAUUGAAAUUGAUUAAGUGCUGUUUUUUUUUUUUUUGUAUCUGUUGGUUUAGUCUCACGUUUCGCAUUGCAGCAACAAUAACAAUAAUAUUUAAACAGAAGAAAGCAGAUGGGAAAAAAUGCAACAAUCUUGUCUUGAACAAAGCAACGCUAAUGUAAUUUAAACCGCGACUCCAAAAUCCUAGCCCAAAUCAUAUAUUUUACCAUAGAUUUACACACAUGUAUCCAAAAUGCUCUCAAUUUACCUGGGCAAGGAGGCAAAUUUGUUCAUUUUUCGUAGUGGUUUCGUCCAUAUCAGGCAGGCUUCAUCCCAAAUUGGUUGAAAUUAAAAAAAAAAAACAGGAAGAGUAGGAAAUCUGAUUAAAUUCAAACAAAAAUUAGUGCAUAUAAAAUUUUAUAGUUUAGGGCAAUAAUAACAAAUUGCAAUAUCGAACUUGAUUAGUUCCGAAACUGACUUGCCAGCCCGUUAAUCCCCACAACAACAACAACUGACUAAAAAGUAAAUCGUGUUUGGAAGUGCGUCCAUUGUCAUUGACAUCUCAAACAGAGGUGCGAAUCAGUGGAGUAAUGCAUUUCCACGAAAAAUGAUGAUCUGACGUUUUGCCAAAAUUCAAUUUCCACAUAAAAAUCUUCUUUUGCAUAAUAACCGAUUCAAUUUCGACAAAAAAUCAGCUGAAUACUAUUUAUAUGAAAGCAGGUUGUACAAAUUCUUGCAGACAAUUUUUUAUAGAUAUUUAUUAUCCAAGAAAAUGGCCAGUUUUCAGCUGAUCAAGAUUGUAUUGAAAUGUAUAUUUAGUGAAGCAAAUAUGUUUUAGGGAUAAAUUGUUGAUUUUUAUGAAGAAAAAUGAAAAAAAAAAACCAGUUUCUUGCAAAAUGAAAAGGAACAAAUUACUCGAAAUUAAGUUAAACAAAAUGGUAUCAAUAAUAUUAUUAAUAGAAACAAAAAGGAAACAGAAGAAAUCUUUUUUGUAAUAUUCAAUUCGAAUGGGAAGUUGUUUCUCAAUGUGAUUUUAUGCGACAGACGAGGAAAAAUAGGUACUUCAAUUGUUUUCGAGUGCUUUCAUUUUGUUUUCUAUUUUGAUAAAUAUUAUCGAUGAGAUAGUAUGAUAUCCAGGAAAUAUCAACGAAACAACAAAAAUAACCAACCAACCAACAAAAUAGAAAAAUAAAAUAUUUUAUAUGAAAACAGAUACAGAAAUAGAGAAAGCGAAGUACAGCCAUAAAGUAUAUUUAAUGAAUAGCCAUGACUAAAUCUAAGGAAAAGAAAAAUUCGGUCGCAGUUUUUGACAUUUAGUUUUUGGUAACGAGAAAGCUCAUAUUUUCCCUCCCCCUGAAGAAGAUUGUAAUUUGUUUUUUUUUUUUUCAAUUCAAUAAAACGUAAAUGUAAGCCAGGAUUAAUUUCUAAUUUGAAUUUUGUGUCAUGCAAUAUUUAUAUAUAUUUUUCCACAUGUUUAAGUUUUUUUUUUACCAAACAAAAAUUGAAACCGCACACAUUUCGUUUUCUCGAUUUCGAUGAUUUCAAUUGAAAUGGAUGUAUUGUAAGAAUUGUAUGCGGCAACGCUGUGGUUUUUUUUUAUGAAUGAAUUUGGAUCAGCGCAUGAUUGUUUCAAAUUACACAAUUAUUAUCUAAUCAAAGUGCUGUUUCCUUGUUCGCGUUUUUGGGAGAUAUCAAGUCCCAACAGCAUCAACAAAUUGACACCAAAAUUAACAACAACAUAUAUAUAUGCUGUUUUAUCAGAGAAAAAAAAACCCUGAAUACUUUCAAUGUGUUACUUUAUCCAAGAUUUUUUUCUUUCAACAAAUUUUCGGUUGCUCUUUGUUUUCGUCUCGCAAAUAUUUUGUACUCUAUUCAAGUUUUUUUUUCUCUUUGUAUUCUGAUGAGUCAAUUGAGUUAUUAUUUUGUGUGUUUGCUUUGUAUUAAACCGAAAAUGUUUUGGUUCCAAUUGUGAAAUUCAUAUUUUAUAUGAGAAUGAACUUCAUAGCAACCAAACCAACAAUUGUUUUUCUUGAUGAGUUUUUGAAAUAAAAUAACAAUUAAAAAAAACAGAGAAAA